UGAAGGUGGACCUACAAAACAGCCUGAUGACCAACAUGUGGAAGACUUUGCCUCAGGUCACAAGAAUCUUUCAGCUGAGGAACUACCAGAGGUUACUUCCAGCAAACCUGCCCUCUGCACAAAUGAUGUAGAUGUACCAACGAUGUCCAAAAAACUCCUGCCAGAGGCUGAAGAUGGGGAGGGUGAGAUUACAGUCUCUGUUGAAGGCUAUGGAGAGACAGUGCCACUUGGAGCAGCUGCAGCAGCAGAUUUUCCACCAGAAGAUUUUGACGACAAGUUCCUGACUUGCGACAUCUGCCAAAACAUCUUUGACGACCCCCGAAUCCUGCCGUGCCACCACACCUUUUGCGCCAGGUGUCUCAAACGAUGGUGCAAGGGUAAAAGCCAGUUCACCUGUCCUACUUGUCGGUAUCAGGUGACACUACAAGAAACAGGUGUCAGUAGUCUUCCUCUGGAUUUCUACAAGAAGAACUUACUGGACUUUAGGGCCUCAAAAUCAAAAGAGAUCAAAGAAGCUCACUCCCAGUGUCAGAUGUGUGAAUCCGAGGCAAGGAUUGCAGGCUUGUGUAGGAACUGCAAUUAUUUCCUUUGUAAAAACUGCUUAACAGCACACAGCAAAGCCCCUGCACUGAAGAACCACAAUAUCACCCUACUCAACGCCCCUACAGAGUACUGCUCUCAGCAUACUGACCAACGCCUGACGUUCUACUGCCGACCUUGUGAGAAACUAGUGUGCCACAACUGCAUCAAAACCGAGCACCAACCUGGACCGGAACAUGACCCACAGGAAGUCAGUAAGGUGGCACAGGCGUGCAGGGACGAACUGCAGACAUUAGUAGGGAAAACACAGAACAAACUGAAGGCAACAGAUUACCUUCUCAGAAUCGAAGCGACCAGCAUCAGAACUAACAGUGAACUACAGAAGAAGAAGAUCCAGGAACAUUUCGCACAGCUGAGAGCUCAACUGGACAGGGAAGAGAAGGACUUGACUUCCAGACUGAAGGAGAUGGAAGAGGAACAACAAACAUCACUUUCAGAAAAAAGAAAGGAUUUUGAAGAGACUUCAAAACCUACUGAAGAGAGACUCAAGUUCUGUAGAGAAAUGCUUGCUGGAAGCAGUGACGUGGAAGUUCUCACACUCAGGGAGCAGCUAGAGUACAACCUAAACCACUUAAAAACACAAGAGAUAUCACUCACAGACUUGCCAGUCAAUCAAGAGAUAACGUUUACAACUCCACAAGCUAUGAACACACUUCCUGGUAAUAUGUAUAGUCCAGGGAUUGUAGAACAGGAGCCCCUACGUCUAAGUCCAGGGAUCCUUGAAAGCCGCAAUACAAGCAUUAAAGUUACAGAGCUCCCUGUAGAAUGCCUGCCAACUAACUUCAUUGUCAAUAUGGCUGAUAGUUUCCCAUCCGUGUUUCAUAAUGAGGAAACAGUAAUGCAACUCACAGUCAUCCAAGGGGAGCCAGAUACCAAAAUGAUGUUAACAGUCAGUCAGCUUGAAGAGAAACGACGUAUUAUUUUAGACACUACCAGAAUCAGUGAGGGGGUGUUUGAGGCAGUCUGGAGACCACAAACAUCAGGGAAGCAUCAGGUGGGGAUCGGUAUAGGCUCAAGAAAUACAACACAGUGGCCAAGAAUCGUAGAGUCCAGUAUCACUUUUGAUGUUUUCAGUAACAACCCUGUACUGAAAUUUGGGCAGAAAGGAAGCCAGCAGGGGCAGUUUGACACUCCUAUAGGUGUAGCAGUCAGUGGAGACAGGCUGUAUGUGGCUGAUUAUGAAAACAAUCGUGUUCAGGUGUUUGAUCUGGUGGGGAACUUUUGCUUUUUACUUCCAACAUCUACGAAACCUGGAUCAGUUGCAGUUCAGUCUGAUGGCACCAUAGUGGUCAGAUGUGGGACAGAAUCAGUGAUGAGGUUUUCACCAUCAGGAGAACUGAAGAACGAAUUUCCUCUGCGUGAACAUUGCACAAAACCCUAUGGCUUGGCAGUACAGAGGAAUGGGAGGGUUGUGGUAGCUGACAAUGUCAAACACUGUGUCUUUCUGUUUGAGGCAAAUGGGACAAUGGUGAAACAGGUGGGAGGGCAGGGGAAGAGGAGAAAGUUUGACACACCAGGUUUUGUCUGUGUGGAUAAAGAAGAUAAUAUCAUUGUGUCAGAUAAACUCAACCACCGUGUUCAGGUGUUUGACAGGAAUCUGGACUUCAGACACAAGUUUGGUCAGAAGGGCAGACAGCCACAUGACAUGUUUGGCCCAAUGGGGGUGACAGCUGACAGCAGAGGGAACAUAGUUCUGGCAAACAUUGGAGAGAAAUCUGAUGUAGGUGGUGUAGAACAUGGCAAGAAGCUUCAGGUGUUCCGCCCAGACGGCACCUGGGUGUCCACCAUUAGCAGUGAUGGGGACAAACUGAAGGUUCCCUGUGGGGUGGCUGUGACAGAGGAUGGACAUGUGUUUGUAGCUGAUGCUAAGGACCACUGUAUCAGGAAGUACAGAUACAUGUAAAGGGACAAAAGUUUUCCCUUUCAAGUGCCUUCAAGUCUUUAAUCUACUCCUUAUUUGGUAGGUGGGGUAU